AUGAUGUCUAAAGUGAGUAAAGAGGCGAACAAACCCAUACAAGCAUUGUUAAAUGCCGUCGCGAGCAGUAAACUGCGUCUGGUCCGACUACUUAUUGAAGGAGGUGUGCACGUGGACAGUCGCAAUGAUCGUGGACAAACCCCGUUGAUGAUCACGUGCUCUUCACUAAAUAACACGUUCCAUAUCCGCGGGGAGACUAGGGAGAGAGUGGUGAAAUACUUGAUUUCCGCUGGCGCUGAUGUUAAUGCGUACGACGUCACAGGGCGAACACCGCUGAUUUAUGCAGUCAUAACGCGGGCGUCGGUCAUCUUCGAUCUUAUCGACGCGGGCGCUGACCCAUGGUGGGAAGACUGCAGUCGCAAGUGCGCUUUCGAUUACGCCCUUCAGAACGGAGAUAUUCUUCAAGUUAAGAUUAUUGUUGACGCAUGUAAGAGGAAAAAGAUGCGUGGGAUCGCGCGCGACGUGGGAGACACGGGUGGGGUCAUGCGUGACGUGACAGACACGCGUGAGAGCCAGGAACAUAUCCAGGAUGCUUUACGCGGGAAACAAGAGAAGAAAUCAAGUGUGAGGGGCAGCAAGAAUAAACGCACGUCAGGUAAGAAACCAAAAGUGUAUCCAAAGAAUCGUAAACGAAUUAUCAACUCAAGGAACAUUAGUACCAGUUUGACAACAUUUAAUAAGAGUAGUACUAAUAUAUCCUCUGAAAACCCCAAGUGUGGCAGUCUACCCCAAGUUACACCCUCUAAGUCUACAAGUGAUAAAAAUGGAAACGACAGCAAAAGUCCACCGUUAACCUCACACCACACCUGUCAUCCACAAGAAUCCCCAAGCAACAAUUCAAGCAAAUCACCAAAUAUCCCUGAGAUCCAUGAAAAUUCCCAACUUUGUGACCUCUGCAAGAGCGUUUUCAGUGAGCAGUCACGGAAUGAGGCGAAGAUUUCAAACCCAACCUCAGCAGAAAACCUCACAGAAUAUGAUUUCUCUGGGUUCCUGUAUCGCAGGCGCAGUACGGGUAGUCUGUUUGGUCUCACGGAGAAACGCUACGAGAACAUUCGUAAAAAACGCGAGUUAGGAAUCACGAUGGAGGAUCUCUUCUCAAGCACCGAGAUUAAUCAACCGGGUAAACAACCCCUCUACGUUAAAAGCUCCCGGACAAAUACCCUGGUUGAUAUAUCCACCAAUGAGUUAUUGGUCCCAAAUCGUGGACGGUCAGCAAGUGUUAGCCUACCACCACUGAAUGACACAAGACUUCACGUGGGAGAAGUGUUUUGUUCACGUGACGGCUCCCCUUUUAUAACCUCAGCCAAGUCAGUUCCUCAGCUUCACACCAUGGCGUGGUCACGUGCUGCGAGCUAUGUAAUCACACCACAAUCCAGUGUUUAUCUCAGCAGUGAUGACGAAUGCGAUGACCUCAUCAUUAUACCGGCAUCUAGAAGUAUGACGUCAUCACCUAUACUGGAUAUGACGCCAUCUCCCAUACGGAGUACGACGUCAUCUCCAAUACAAAGUAUGACGUCAUCACCUGAUUACGAUUGCAGAUCACAGCGUGAUAUGACGUCACCACACAGAGAGCACAGGUCACCAUCAGCUUCGUGUGACAGCGAAUCAGAGUUGUGUCUAAUUCCUACCAUUGUGCUCACAGAUUGUGUCAACACAGAGCAGAUGUAA